AUAGCUCUCACGGUUAAUUAAAAUUAAAUCUCCAGUGCAUCUGGGUAAAGAGAGGCUGCAGCUCGGGAGCCUCCCGUAUUGCCUCCUUGUUGCGCCCGCCCGCAUUGGAAGUCCAGCGAUGCUCUGGCUCCAGCUGCUGUGUGCAGCUGGCUGGGAAGGAAAGGGGUAACCUUAGCUGAGGGCGGAGAAAUCCGGCUUCAUCCUCCGGAAAGGAUGAGAAUGAGAGGGGGAGGGGGGAAAUACAAUUGUAGUUAUCCAGAGAACCAAGAUAAUAAAUGAUUUUUAGAAAAAGCUCAAGCCCACCUCCACCUCAUCUCCCUCUCCUCACUGAGGAAUGAAGGAAAGAAGGAACCUUUACCGGAUUUGAGAUUUGAUACAUUUCAGCUGGGCGGCAUAAAUUGACGAGUCCAAAAGAAGAUCUUUCCUCGAAGGGUGUAUGUUUCCUGCAAGAAUGCAUCUGUAGGUGUGUGUUUGAGAUCCUACCCUCUAGUUCAUUCCUUAUGCAGGGGAGCGAGCCUCCUGAGGAUGGGGGAGAUUUCUCAUCCGUGUUUUGGUGCCCAUUAACAGUGAUUUAUUAUUCAAAUUCUCCAUCUUGCUUCCUGCUGUCAACCCACCAGCGUGGAAUUACACCUGGACUAGCCUGGGAGACUUUGCCUGAGAACUUGACAAAUCUAGGGAAUGUGUCAGGUGCUGUGGUCUUAACAGUCCAGGCAGGACCAUGUUUCUAAGUCUGUUGUCAGAGUGUUGCAGGAAGGGGGACCCUUUCCAGGGCCCGAGAGUGGGCUCUUGUCUAACACUCGGAAGAGAAUUGUUGGAGGAGACACAUGUACUGACAAAGCAAGUGAUUUUAUUGGGAAGGGGUGCCGGGGCAGAGACCAGUAGGGUAAGGGAAUCCAGGAGGACUGCUCCACCACGUGGCUCACAGUCUCAGGGUUUUACGGUGAUGGGGUUAAUUUCCAGGUUGUCCCUGGCCAAUCGUUCUGACUCAGGGUCCUUCCUGGUGGCUCCCGCAUCACUCAGCCAAGAUGGAUUCCAGCGAGAAGGAAUCUGGGAGUUGGUAGGACAUAUGGACUGAUGUCUCCUCUCUCCUUUGGACCUUUCCUGAAUUCUUCCAGUUGGUGGCAGCUUGUUAGUUCCGCGUUCCUUACCAGGACCUCCUGUUUAAGAUAACUCAUGCAAGUGGUUACUCUUGGGCCUGGCCAGGGGGGUUGGUUUCAGUCAGUGGUCCCCCUAACAAGAGUACUGUAUUUUCCCCAGCAAGGUAUUAAAAUAAGGUAAAAACAAACAAAUGCCAUCAUUCUUUUGUUGGGUCCACCACUGAGUUAGAGUGAAUUGGAAAUGGAUCUGGUUGAGAGUGGAAGCAGACAUCACUUCCUCCCUGUUCCUCCAUCCCCCUGUCCUCCUUUGACCUCCUUUGAGAAACACCUCCCCCUCUGUCUUUGUUGCUGACAGAUUCCAAUCCACACUGCUUAAAGAAGGGAAGCUAUCUCUUCCACUUCUCAUUUGCUGGAUAGUUUAUCAAUAAGGAAUCACUUCUACUAACUCAGCUCUAAGAGGUUUCUUAUUCCAAAAAAUUCUAGGCUUUCUUUCUUGGGAGGAAGGUACACUUUAAAUUUUCUUUCAAAGGUACUUUUAUUGAAGAUCUAAUUAAAUGUGAUUUGUGACCUGGUCUGGACUUGGGGAUUCACGGAACUCUGCCAGGGCGGGUCAACAUGGGCCUGGCUGUACUGCAGCCUCUGUGUGGUGGCUCAGUGGCCUCAGAGAGGGAUUCUGCAGUCCUCCAGUGAAAAGGUGACUGGACUGGCUUCCAGCCAGUUUUGCUUGCUGAGGAUGACAAGGAGCCAUUCCUCAGCCUCAAGGAAGUUGCACCAGGAGCAGUCAGAAAGCUUUUUCACAGUCCAAAGAAAGCCUGUGAUUAAGGGAGAUGUGGAGUCUCUUCAAGAGAUCUUUUGUUAAAAAGAAAAAAGGCACGUCCUCUCUGCCCCGGCCUCUGACCUCAGUCAGGGUUUGAAUGUGUGCUAACCCCAAAAGGCCUGGAGGCACAGCAGUAGUUCUGCCUCUUGAAGGCUCUUUGUUUCCAGAUUUUAGCUCUGACUCCUGGUUGAGCCCUCUCUUCUCAAGGCAUCCCUGCCCUGCUGCAAUGACUCUCCCUUUGGCCAAAUCAAAUGCUACCUGGCACUCUGCAUCACUGCCCCCUUUGUCCUGGGGAAAAAGGCAUCACCGUGGCUAUGAUCUUUCCACAUUCCCACUCUGUCCUAGCCCAUUAGCACUCCCUCCCUCCGUUCAUCUUCUGAGAUGCUCUUGCUACUCGCCCAUCUUCCCACCCCUCCCCCACCCCAUCUGCCUAGUAACUUCAUUUUCUCCCCUUCACGAAGCAGCUGCUGGCUCAGACUGACAGGCCCUGUGGGAUUCUCAACAUGGAGACAGAAUCUCUCGGUGCUGAAGGAAUAUCAGUGAGGCAUAUCUAGCCCCGCCUGCCUUGAUGUAAAAGCAGUCCUGAGCCAACGUGUAUAAACAGUCAGAUGCUCCCCAGAUGAUGAACCAGCCUCAGUGUGGGAGCCUUUCAGGACCAGGAGACAAGAGAAAUGCUGCUCACAGGACCACAAAGGAAAAGGCUGCAGCCUGAGCGGGCUCACACUCAAUCAUAGCAACUGGCUGGAAGCUGCGAGUUCUAAGUUGCUGUUCCAUCAUCGUUCCAAUCACUUGAUACUGGUCUGAACCAAAUUUCCUUUCAUCUUUACAUUGGUGAGACUGUCUCUCUGAGAGUGGCUAAUAGUAAUUUUCGGUGGUAAAAUGGCAAACAUUUUAUUUCCUGGUUGGCCUAGUACCUCUAAUGGUGGCAAACCAAGAUGCUAAUGGGGGAGUUUGGCCACCCCAGACAGGUGAUAUGUAGCCCUCUGAGUGACAGAUACACAAGUCAGAAAAGAACUGGAAGAACAGCAGGGCUGGAGCAAGGCACAGCUCACCGUAGUAGUCAUAAAUGAACUUGAAAAUGAUGAUACUUUACCCACUUAGCCCCGGUUGAGGUUCCUUGGAAGAGGAAGAUGUGUUAAUAUCAGUGAAGGUGCAAAAAGUCAAUUCCUGAUUGUACUUAGUUAAACCAGUGGAGCAGGGCACCCUAAUUUGGAAGCAUUAUAAGCCAGAGACAGCAAAAUGGCAGCCUAUCUGUGAUUUGUUCUGGUUGUUUGUCCACAUGGUAAUUUAUUUAAAUUUGGACUAAUUGCAGUAAUUAAAAUCAGGAACUUUCUCAUGAAAUUUCAGCCAACCCAUACCAAAUAGACCUGAAUUUCUCUAAGAAAGCAGUUGGCUGAACAGUGGGCUUGGUGGGAAAAAGAGAGGAGAACAGUAACUUGCUAUUUCAGAUGAGACCUGAGUGAGCGCUUACGUUUACCAUAGCCCCCACCAUUCCCUGUGUCCAGUUGCUAAGGCUUGGUGUCAUUGCCAUUUAUUAGCUUUUUCCAGCCACACUUCAUCCAUAUAUUUUACUUGCUUCCCUGCAAUUAAUCUAAGAGCAGAGGCUUCAGAACUCCCUGGCUUCUCCACCCACCAAGCCCACAAGUUCUGCUGAAUAUCUGGGUGGGUUUGGAGAAGGCCCUGGAUCAGGUCUGCUUCAGUGACCACCUAGGAACAGAGAAUCAUCAACAGACUCCAAGGAAAUCAUGCCUGAUGAUGAGAGGUCCAUGAAGCAGCAGUGAGCCACCACUGUGGAGGUGGGAGUGGGAGUUAGUGACCAAGUGACAGGAUGGGAGUAAUGACCAGACUUCCUGCUGAUGACUCAGCUCUACCAAGGCACUAUACCUGGGUAGGCAAAGUCAGGCUCUGAGGAUUUAGUGAAACCUUAAUUCCACCUGUGGGCGUUUUCAAUUCUGUCGCUGAGCACCUCAUUUGUUUCAGUCACUGGGCUAUGUGCCCAAGAUACAAGGGUGAUAAGACCCAGUACCCACCUGCCAUCCAGUGGGGAAACAGGGCAACUCAUCGUUGGAACGUCUUUGCAUAGCCCCAUCCUGGAAGAAGCUCUGUGAUGUGUGGAUCGUGAGUUUGCUCAAGCAAAUUGGACUCUUUACAAGGAAUAGCUAGAUUUGAGGACUAGGAUGGAAGAGCGAGCACCAGUGGAAGGCCAGGGCCAGCUCCCAAGCCCCCACCAGGGCUCUCUGAGGAAAGCCAUGGCAGCUGCCCUGGCCCUUGAUGGGGAAUCCACACUGGGUCGCAGGAAAAAGAGGAAGAAAGAGUCCCGCCCAGAAUCUAUUAUCAUCUACCGGUCAGAGAGUGAGAAACUGGAUGAGGAGCCUGGGGAAUUAGAAGGUGGAGAUCAGCCUAAAGAGGAGGAGGGAGAUGAUUUCCUAGAGUAUCCUGCGGAUGAUGGUAUGUGGAACAUGCCUGUGGACAGCCGCUAUGUCACAUUAACUGGGACCAUCACCCGAGGGAAGAAAAAGGGGCAGAUGGUGGACAUCCAUGUCACGUUGACAGAGAAGGAGCUGCAGGAACUCACCAAGCCUAAAGUGUCUUCAAGGGAAAUGGCACCUGAAGGCAGAAAGGCCUGCCAGCUGGGAGCAGACCGUGGGCCCCACGUGGUCCUCUGGACACUGGUCUGCCUGCCUGUGGUUUUCAUCCUCUCCUUCGUGGUCUCUUUCUACUAUGGCACCAUCACCUGGUACAAUAUCUUUCUUGUGUACAACGAGGAGAGGACCUUCUGGCACAAGAUCUCAUGUUGCCCCUGCCUCAUUCUCUUCUAUCCAGUGCUCAUCAUGGCCAUGGCCUCUUCCCUGGGCCUCUAUGCUGCCGUGGUCCAGCUCUCAUGGUCUUGGGGAGCAUGGUGGCAAGCUGCCCGGGACAUGGAGAAAGGCUUCUGUGGCUGGCUGUGCAGCAAGCUGGGUCUGGAAGACUGUUCUCCCUACAGCAUUGUGGAGCUGCUUGAAUCUGACAAUAUCUCAGGCAAUCUGUCCAACAAGGAUGCCACCCAGGAGGUAGAAACAUCCACUGUCUAAACUCCCAACAACUUACUUGAUUCUCUGGUCUCAGUAGCCUGUAUAUCAUCUUCCAAUUUCAGAAUAUUCCUUCUUUAAAUUAUUCCUCCCCCCACUUCCCCCAUACAUAGUUCUUCUGGAAAAUUUUAGCCCACACUGAUCUGUCCUACCAUCUUGUUGGUUUCCAGGAGGGCAGGAAACAGAAAAGCAAUUUGUGCCCAAAGAGUCCAUCCAAUGGAUAAACUCUUCUUCAUUCCUUGCCCUAAGAUGACCAUUUUUCUGAGACAAGGGAGCUCAGGUGUGUGUCAGUUCAGGAGCUUGGAGGUGUUCCUGGUGCCUGGAACCCAGGGGAGAUGUGACUAAAUGUGACAGGGAGAAUAAGGAGGCUCAGGGGAGACCAAGUCCACCAAUAAGAUAAUAGAUAGGGAUGGAGUGAAAUAUUUAAGAAACAGGCUGCAACAGUGUAGCAGAAUGUAAAGAUAUGUGUGUAUCACUUAGAUUUUGAUUUAUAUAUUAAAUAUAAUUAAAAUCCAAAUAUCAGUAGUUUAAACAAGAUAGAAGUCUGUUUCUUUCCUAUAUAGAAGAAAUCUGGAGGCAGACCAUCAGGGAAACUGAUGAAGUCAUCAAAAUCCCAGGCUUUUUUUAUUCCCCAACCCUCAUUGCCUUUAUCCUCAGCACCCAGUGCUGACUACAUCUGCAGUCAUCACAUCCCUGUUUCGGAUAGAACAGAGGAAAGGACAACGAAGAGGACAUACACCUUUCUAGGCUAAGGCGGCUUCUCAGAAGGCCCCCUCAACACUUCUUGUAUCUCAUUGGCCAGACCAUAGUCACAUGACCUCACAAGCAAGAAAGGCUGGGAAAUGUAGUCUUUUGGCUGGGCAGCUAUAUUCUAAAUGUUUGGGUUCUGCUAAUUUAAGAGACAAGGAAAUAAUGGCUAUUUUGGUAGGCAGGUAAGAAUCUCUGGCUCACAGUAAUUAUUUAAAUACAUUCAGAUCCAAACCUGCGAAUACAGUUUUAUUUAUGUAUGUAUUUAUUUAUUUAUUUAAGCCUAAAUAUUACACAGAGAAUUUAUACAUAGAUACUAGCUACAUAUACUAUGCAUAAACCACACAUAGAUAUUAGCAACUCAUGUAUGUUGCAAUUAAAUAUCUAUAAUGCCAUGUGGUUUCAGGUUUUUUAGAAAGGAAGAGUGAAUAGUUGAGUACAAUUAUAUCAUAGUAGCAUAGCUUUCUUCCUGGUGGUGAAGGUGGGCCUGGGUGGUGAUGUUUAGUUUAAUGUACAGAUGAAAGACUGCAAAGGGAGGCAUUGCAUCUGUCAGACUUUCCCCCAGCAGAGUCAGCAGCCCUAAGCACAAGAAGACAGUUAGCUUUUUGUGGUUUGUCAAAACUCACUCAGAGCCUCACUCACUCAGAACUUUCUUCUCACAGCAAACACAGUCUUUGCUGUGCUGAAAAGCUUGGGUCUUCAUGGACACUGAGGGUGUAAACCAGAUGGAUCCGGAUUAAUAGAUUCUGCACUUUAAAAAAAUAUUCCUGAGGGUCUCUUUCUAAUUUCAAAAAAGUCAAAUCCUAAGAGGUCAAGCAGAUUUUGGAGGCUUGAGUCCUUAUAAGAAUAGCUGGUGACCUAUUCAUGGUUCAUGUCUCAGGAAGAAGCUGUUGAAAGAACUGCUGUAAAUCAAACCAGGUGGGUCAAGCAAUGCUGUCCCACCAAAGGCCAGGACAUUUGCCUGAUGCAUGGUGCUGAACUCCACCUUCAGAGGAAACCCCUCCUUUUUAAAAAUAACUAUUAUUAGUUUGAAAAAAAAAAACAAAACAACUCUGUCCAAAACGUUUUAAGAUAAUGUUGGUGCUCUCUGGUGCUUUUGCAGAGAUAUAAACAAUUGAAAUGAAGACAAAGAGAAUAAAAAUAAAAUCAGAUUAACGUUUGCUCACUUUGUCUUUGAGUUUCUCCAAAAUUGCUUUGAACGCUACAGUUUUCAGAAAAGGUUCAGCGUGGUGACUAUUUUAUAUAUGUAUAAUGAUCUUAAUAUGGGUCCUUAUGUCUUGACUCUUCCCAUAGACCACCAACAUAUGAGGAUUCUGUUUAGCUGGAUUUUUUCCACAGAUCACAGAUUUACCUAAGCCUACAUUAGGAAGUUGCAGCCACAUUUGUCACGUUUUUUUCAGGGGUUAAGGAAACAAACGGCCAAGGCCAAAAACAGUCAUGAUUAGGACAAGGGUAAGAUGUCCCUGGCAGAAUGAAGGAGGGUGGGGUCAGGGUAAGGAGCAUGGGAUACCUAGGUGAAGUUGAUGUAACCCUCACCCUAAUUGGGCUCGCCACCUAGUGGAAGAAAUAGGCUCAUAAAAUCAUUUCAAAUGGGCUCAGAGAGGUAUGUAAAAGCCUAGACCUGAGGAAGGAAAACUUAGCCAAACAGACCUGAAGCAAUCUCAUCUUUGCUGUCAGCAAAUACCUAGAGAAUUUUAGAGGAGAAAUUAGAGAGUUAAAUGCCAUACUUGAACAUUCUGUUAGCUCAUAGUUACCUACUCUUCAUGGUGAAUAUCAGGAAGGAGGACUAUGCUUUCCAAUUGCUCUGCAGCCAUAAUAGGCUGAGCUUGGUAAACCAUGUCUGAUCCAGUAUGAUGAUACCAAUGUUCCCAAGCCAUCUUGUCCAUCGACAUUAGGUAGCGCCCUUCAUUUCAAGUCCAAGGGGAACAAAACCCCUGUUAUCCAUGAUUUCUAAUAAAACAAGGUUCUAAAUCUUAAAAAGAACUAAUUUUAGAUGACUUGAAAGUUUCAUUCUGUCAUUGAUACCAGGCCACCUAGGGCUUAAGUUUUACAGUGUUGCAAGUGAUUAGUGGCCAACAUCAGAAAUUUUACCCUCCUUGAAUGUAAAUUGGUGCAGCCACUAUGGAGAACAAUAUGGAGGUUCCUUAAAAAACAAAAAAUAGAACUACCAUAUGACCCAGGAAUCCCACUACUGGGCAUAUAUCCAGAGAAAACCAUAAUUCAAAAAGACACAUGCACCCCAAUGUUCAUUGCAGCACUAUUUACAAUAGCCAGGACAUGGAAGCAACCUAAGUGUCCAUCAAUAGAGGAAUGGAUAAAGAAGAUGUGGUACAUAUAUACAAUGGCAUAUUACUCAGCCAUAAAAGGAAUGAAAUUGGGUCACUUGUAGAGACGUGGUUGGACCUAGAGACUGUCAUACAGAGUGAAGUAAGAGAAAAACAAAUAUCUCAUAUUAACACAUAUAUGUGG